CAAGAAUACUUCAUCCCUCUACGGAGCUGCACAGUCCGUCAUGGGCUCUGCCCAGUCAGCUUUGGGCUCGAUCAUCGGAAGCAAUGCCGAUAAGACUGCUGGCGAGAACAAGAAGGCCGAAGCCGAACUGAAGAACGACGCCUCGCACGCCGGCGCUAACAUUGGAGGCUAUUCCGUGUCAGCGUCCGGUGUUGCUCAGAACGACCCCAACCGCAGCGCCGGCUCCUGGAACCAGACUCUCGGCUCUGGCAAGGAGACUCUCGGCAACCUUCUCGGCAACGAGUCCCUGAAGCAGCAGGGUGCCCAGCAGAACGCAGAGGGCAAGGAGCAAGAGGCCAAGGGCCAGCUCAGUGAUUUGGGCUCUGGUAUUGCCGACCGUGUCUCUGGCACUGUCGGUGGUGCUGUUGCUGGCGUCACUGGCAACGAGGCCGACAAGGCCAAGUACCAGGCUAAGCACGAUGAGGGCAAGACUCAGCAGCGUGGUGUUGAGGCCGACCUCGACAAGCAGGCCAGAGCCUAAGCGUCUUGAGAGCCGGAACUCUAUAAAGCUAUCAGGAACAUCGAUCGACAACAUGGGAUAGAUUGGGCGGAUGAUUUUUCUGGGAUGAUACCACCACUGCGAUAGCCAUGACUAUGACGAAUUCAGGACCUUUU